GAGUACACAGCAGCACUUCUGUCUGCAGGGCUGGCGGCGGUGACACCCGCCAGAGUGGGACACGCAUUUCUCCAUGCCCGGGCUGCACGCACAGAGAACGACCGGAUUUAUCCGGCCUUAUGGAAGGAUGACAUGGGCCACGGCUCUGCACUGGCAGGUGCCCUAGCCGCAGCGGUGCUGGUGAGGGCCCUCGGCCUGGAUGACGGCCGUCCUUUGGGAAGGAUUCUUGAAGCGAUGCUUCCAUCUGCCUGGCGAACGGCAAGCCCUGGCUUCGCAGGACAGGCGGAGUUUGGCCAGAAGGGCUGGCGGGAUGAAGGAAAGGGUACCACCGCAGAAGUGAUGCAGUUGCUGGGAAACACGGAGGAGGACCUGCCCUUGAGCAAGUAUCCUCCCGGCAUGCGCACAGAGAAGAGAGACCUGGGCUUUGCCUUUGGCGACAUCCUUGCAUCAGCUGCCUGCAAGGCUGUCGAUGCAUGCACAGUGGAUGCCUCCGCCGCACGGACAGCCGCAGGCUAUGCAACGCAACCGCCACCUGCCGCUGAAGCAGUGAGCAAAUCAAGAAGGUGGAAGCGCUGA